AUGGGAAAUUCGUACGCGGGGCAGCUGAAGACGACGCGGUUCGAGGAGGUUCUGCACAACUCCAUCGAGGCCUCCCUGCGCUCCAGCCACCUGGUGCCCAGGCCCAUCUUCUCCCAGCUCUACCUGGAAGCCGAGCAGCAGCUCUCCUCGCUGGAAGGUGGAAGCCGAGUGGACAACGAGGAAGAGGAGGAGGAGGGAGAGGGGGGCCUGGAGCCCAGCAGUCCCCCGAAUCCCUACCAGCUGCAGCCCCCGCCCGAGGGCUGCUGCACCACAGACGGCUUCUGCCAGGCUGGCAAGGACCUACGUCUCGUCUCCAUCUCCAGCGACCCCAUCGAUGUCCCUGCGGGCUUCCUGCUGGUGGGUGCCAAGUCCCCCAGCCUGCCUGACCACCUCCUGGUGUGUGCCGUGGACAGGCGGUUCUUGCCCGAUGACAACGGCCACAAUGCCCUUCUCGGCUUCUCUGGGAACUGUGUUGGCUGUGGGAAGAAGGGCUUCUGCUACUUCACGGAGUUCUCCAAUCACAUCAACCUGAAGCUGGCCACCCAGCCCAAGAAGCAGAAGCACCUCAAGUACUACCUGGUCCGGAACGCCCAGGGCGCUCUCACCAAAGGGCCUCUGAUUUGCUGGAAAGGCUCAGAGAUCCGAGGCCGGCAGACUUCCGCCAGGACUGGUGCCAGCUCGCUCUUCCCACCGCUGGAAAGCUCGGGGCCUCUGGCCGCCUUCCCCAAUGAGCCUUCUCCUGGGGCCAACCCCAGCGUCUUGAUGGGCACCCAACAGGCAGGAGCAGCUUCCGAUCACCCCUCGCUGAGCGCGGCGCCUGGUCCCCCCCUCUUCAACGGCAGAGACUCCCCGAAGCAUCAGCAGCUGCCGAAGAGUAACCUGCCUGUGCCGCCGAGGCCCGCGGCCUUAGGUAUCUUGUCAAACUCUGGGCCGCCCAAGAAACGCCACAAGGGGUGGUCUCCCGAAUCUCCAUCAGCUACGGAUGCUGGCUGCCUGCCAGGUGCUGGGACCAGGGCCAAGUGUGAGAGUGCAGGUGUCUCCUGCCUGCCCUCAGCGGGCUUGCUGGGAGCAGCCCCAGUCGCCUUUCCCGUUGUGGCUUCUGGAGAGCCCGUGUCUGUCCCCGACAACCUGCUGAAGAUAUGCAAGGCCAAGCCGGUGAUAUUUAAAGGCCACGGGAACUUCCCUUACCUGUGCGGGAACCUGAACGACGUCGUGGUCAGCCCCCUGCUGCACACCUGCUACCGGAACUCCCAGUCCAUCUCCAGGGCCUACGAGCAGUGCGGCGCCACCACCAUCCAGCCCAUCUCCGAGGAGAUGCAGCUCCUGCUCACCGUCUACUACCUGGUGCAGCUCGCUGCUGACCAGGUGCCACUGAUGGAGGACCUGGAGCAGAUCUUCCUGCGCUCCUGGCGCGAGUCGCACCUGACCGAGAUCCGGCAGUACCAGCAGGCGCAGCCACAGCUCUUCCCGCCCACGCCCAGCGCCGCAGCACCGGUGACCUCGGCGCAGCUGCCCUGGCUGGCCGGCCUGGCCGCCAGCUCCUGCAAUGACAGCGUGCACGUCAUCGAGUGCGCCUACUCCCUGGCUGAGGGCCUCUCCGAGAUGUUCAGGCUGCUGGUGGAGGGCAAGCUCGCCAAGACCAACUACGUGGUCAUCAUCUGUGCCUGCCGCAACGCCGCCAUCGACUCUUGCAUCGCCGUCACCGGAAAGUACCAAGCCCGGAUUCUUUCCGAGAGCCUGCUCAGCCCCGCCGAGUACCAGAAGGAGGUCAAGGCCGAGCUGGUGACCGGGAAGGUGGACUCGCUGGGGGCCUUUGUCAGCACGCUCUGUCCAGAGGGCGACAUAGACGUUCUGCUGGACAAAUUUCAUCAGGAGAAUCAAGGCCCUAUGUCUUCCUCACUCACUACCCCCUCCAUCCCGCAAGCAGCAUCCGUGGAUGUCAGUGGGGCACCUGUGUGUACAAGUUACCGCCUGGAGCCGCGCGGCAUCCGGCCCUUCCAGCUGGCCGUGGCCCAGAAGCUGCUCUCCCACGUGUGCUCAAUCGCCGACUCCAGCACCCAGAACCUGGACUUGGGAUCCUUCGAGAAGGUGGACUUCCUGAUCUGCACCCCUCCCUCAGAAGUGACCUACCAGCAGACCCUGUGCCACGUCUGGCACUCAGGGGUCCUGCUGGAGCUGGGCCUGGAAGAGGAGCACGUGACCAAGCAGAGGGUAGAACAGUACGUCUUGAAGCUGGACGUGGAGGCACAGACAAAAUUCAAGGCCUUCCUGCAGAACUCCCUGCAGAACCCACACACACUCUAUGUCCUCAUCCACGACCACGCCCACUGGGAUCUCAUGAGCAGCGCUGUUCAGAACCUCUGCUCCCAGAGCGAGCCCUGCGUGGGGCUGGUGGACAGACUGCUCAACUGCAGGGAGGUGAAGGAGGCCCCCAACAUCGUGACCCUGCACGUGACCUCCUUCCCGUACGCCCUGCAGACCCAGCACACGCUCAUCAGCCCCUACAACGAGAUCCACUGGCCGGCCUCCUACAGUAACGGUGCCGACUUGUAUCAUGAGAAUAAAAAGUACUUCGGGCUGGCCGAGUUCAUCGAAUCCACCCUCUCCGGACAGAGCCUGCCCCUGCUCAGAUACGACAGCUCCUUUGAGGCCAUGGUCACGGCGUUAGGCAAAAGGUUCCCCCGCCUGCACAGCGCGGUGAUCCGGACCCUUGUUCUUGUGCAGCACUACGCCGCCGCGCUGAUGGCCGUGAGCGGCCUGCCGCAGAUGAAGAACCACACGUCGGUGGAGACGCUGGAGAUCGCGCAGAACCUGCUGCACGCGCCUGCCCAGUGCCCCCGCGGCCACGGGCUCAUGGUGCUGCUGCGCGUGCCCUGCGCCCCGCUGGCCGCCGUGGCCUACGAGCGCCUGGCCCACGUGCGCGCGCGCCUGGCGCUGCAGGAGCGCUUCGAGAUCGUGCUGGGCAACCCCAGCGCGGGCGUCACGGUGGGCAAGCACUUCGUGAAGCAGCUCAAGGUGUGGCAGAACAUCGAGGAUGCGGCCUGGAGACCCCAGACCUACCUGGAGCUGGAGGGCCUGCCUUGCAUCCUCAUCCUCGGCGGGGCGGACCCGCUCGGAGAGUCCAUGCCCAGGUCCCUGAGGUACUGUGACCUGCGCCUGAUCAACUCCUCGUGCCUGGCGAGGACAGCCUUGGAGCAGGAGCUGGGCCUGGCCGCCCACUUUGUGAGCAGCGAGCUGCCCUCGGACAAGGGGCCCAGGAGCGAGGCCUUGGAGAGCGACCCGGAGAAGCUGAGCACCACGGACAACGAGGAGGAGGAGCCGGGGACCGAGGGUGCCCACGCCUUUCCAGCGCCUGUGUGCUUUGCAGCAGGCUCUGCCUCGGAGCGGAGAAGCCCGGUGACAAGGGACAGGCCCUGCUCCCAGGACUCGGCGUCCUCACCCCUGUCCUCCACGGCGUCUGGCUCAGCACUCGCUGGUGAGGCUGGGGCUCCGCCCGCAGGGCCCCUGCAGAGAGAGCAGGCCAGGUCGCCCCCGCCCUGCGGCCCUUCCAAGGAGGGCAGGGUCCCCGGGGAGAAGCCGAGGAGCCGGGCGAGCCAGGGUCCCCCACCCGCUGCCAGCACACACAGCCCCGGGCGGCGCAGCCUGCACACGGCGGUCACCUCGUCCUGCCAGCCGUCCUCCUCGGGCUCGUGCUCCUUGGCCUCGGCCGCCGCCAGCAGCGCCCUGGUCCUGCAGGCCCCACAGUGCUCCCUGGCCAAGGCCUGCCGGCAGCCACCCAUCGUCUUCCUGCCCAAGCUGGUGUACGACAUGGUCCUGGCCACCGACAGCAGCGGCCUGCCCAAGGCCGCCUCACUGCUGCCCUCCCCCUCGGUCAUGUGGGCCAGCUCCUUCCGCCCGCUGCUCAGCAAGACCAUGACGUCCACGGAGCAGUCCCUGUACUACCGGCAGUGGACGGUGCCGCGGCCCAGCCACAUGGACUACGGCAACCGGGCCGAGGGCCGCAUGGACAGCUUCCACCCCCGCCGGCUGCUGCUCAGCGGGCCGCCCCAGAUCGGGAAGACGGGCGCCUACCUGCAGUUCUUGGGCAUCUUGUCCCGGAUGCUCAUUCGGCUGACGGAGGUGGACGUCUACGAUGAAGAGGAGGUCAAUAUCCGCCUCGGAGAAGAAUCAGAUUGGCGUUACCUGCAGCUCAGCGACCCCUGGCCGGAGCUGGAGCUGUUCAAGAAGCUGCCCUUCGACUACAUCAUUCACGACCCCAAGUACGAGGACGCCAGUCUGAUUUGUUCCCACCAGCAGAGCAUCACGAGUGAAGACGGGGGGACGUCUCGGAAGCCCGAGGACCUGUACGUGCGACGCCAGACAGCGCGGAUGAGGCUGUCCAAGUACGCGGCCUACGACACGUACCACCACUGCGAGCAGUGCCACCAGUACAUGGGCUUCCACCCCCGCUACCAGCUCUAUGAGUCCACCCUGCACGCCUUUGCCUUCUCUUACUCCAUGCUAGGAGAGGAGAUCCGGCUCCACUUCAUCAUCCCCAAGUCCAAGGAGCACCACUUUGUCUUCAGCCAACCCGGAGGCCAGCUGGAGAGCAUGCGGCUGCCGCUGGUCACAGACAAGAGUCACGAAUACAUCAAGAGCCCCACGUUCACGCCAACGACUGGGCGGCACGAGCACGGGCUCUUCAACCUGUACCACGCGAUGGACGGCGCCAGCCACCUGCACGUGCUGGUGGUCAAGGAGUACGAGAUGGCUAUUUACAAGAAGUACUGGCCCAACCACAUCAUGCUGGUGCUGCCCAGCAUCUUCAACAGUGCUGGAGUGGGCGCCGCCCACUUCCUGAUCAAGGAGCUUUCCUACCACAACCUGGAGCUGGAGCGGAGCCGGCAGGAGGAGCUUGGGAUCAAGCCGCAGGACAUCUGGCCUUUCAUCGUCAUCUCCGACGACUCCUGCGUGAUGUGGAACGCGGCGGACGUGGACUGUGCCGGGGAGAGGAGCAGGGAGUUUUCCUGGACGGAGAGGAACGUGUCCCUGAAACACGUCAUGCAGCACAUCGAGGCGGCGCCCGACAUCACGCACUACGCCCUGAUCGGCAUGCGCAAGUGGUCCAGCAAGACCAGGGCCAGCCAGGUGCGCGAGCCCUUCUCCCGCUGCCAUGUGCAUGACUUCGUCAUCCUGAACGUGGACCUGACCCAGAACGUGCAGUACAGCCAGAACCGGUUCACCUGUGACGACGUGGACUUCAACCUGCGGGUGCACAGUGCCGGCCUCCUGCUCUGCCGAUUCAACCGAUUCAGCGUGAUGAAGAAGCAGAUCGCUGUGGGCGGGCACAGGUCCUUCCACAUCACCUCCAAGGUGUCAGAGAACGCCGCGGCCGUGGUGCCCGCGCAGUACAUCUGUGCGCCUGACAGCAAGCACACGUUCCUGGCGGCGCCCGCCCAGCUCCUGCUCGAGAAGUUCCUGCAGCACCACAGCCACCGCUUCUUCCCGCUGGCCCUGAAGAACCUCAGCCACCCGGUGCUGUCCGUCGACUGCUACCUUAACCUGGGCCCUCAGGUUUCCGUCUGUUACGUGAGCUCCAGGCCCCACUCCCUGAACGUCGGCUGCUCCAAGCUGGUGUUCAGCGGCCUCCUGCUGUACCUCUGCGACUCCUUCGUGGGCGCUGGCUUUCUGAAGAAUUUCCACUUUCUGAAAGGCGCCACCUUGUGCGUGAUCUGCCAGGACCGGAACUCGCUGCGCCAGACGGUCGUGCGCCUGGAGCUGGAGGAGGAGUGGCAGUUCCGGCUGCGCGACGAGUUCCAGACGGCCAACGCCGCGGAGGACCGGCCGCUGUUCUUUCUGACGGGACGGCACAUCUGA